CAGUUUUCACUCUUUCAGUUCAUAGCUCUCUUCAAUUUCCUUAAUAAAAGAAAAAAGUUGGACAGCCUAAACUCUCUCUAUCCAAUCUAUAUCCUCCUCUACCGAACAUAAAAUGGCUUCAAUGGGUUUCUGUGCUUCAAUACCUUAUUCUCAAAAUUCUUUCACCAGGAAUCUUGUCAAUCCUUCCUCUUCUCCGAUACCUUGUUUUGGUAUAUCCGAUGAAAUAUCAUCAAAAUCUAGUUUUGUACAUCACGGAUUCUCUCUAAUAUCUUGUGGGUUUCAAUCAAAAUCUAUUAAAACAACUGCUGUUGUUUAUGCCAGAGCUGCUACUGAGAAGAGUAUUUAUGAUUUCAGUGUCAAGGAUAUAGAUGGGAAAGAUGUUUCUCUGAGCAAGUUCAAGGGAAAGACUCUUUUGGUCGUCAACGUUGCAUCUAGAUGUGGUUUGACAACAUCUAAUUACACCGAGCUCUCUCACAUUUACGAGAAGUACAAAACUCAAGGAUUAGAAAUUCUGGCUUUUCCUUGCAACCAAUUUGGAUUUCAAGAGCCAGGAUCGAAUACAGAGAUUAAGCAGUUUGCUUGUACAAGGUUUAAAGCAGAAUUCCCUAUCUUUGAUAAGGUUGAUGUUAAUGGGCCAUUUACAGCUCCAGUUUAUCAGUUUCUAAAGUCUAGUGCAGGAGGAUUUUUGGGUGACCUAAUCAAAUGGAACUUUGAAAAGUUUCUGGUAGACAAAAAUGGAAAGGUUGUAGAAAGAUAUCCACCUACUACGUCUCCUUUCCAAAUUGAGAAGGAUAUCCAAAAGCUCCUUGCUGCAUGAAGUUGUACUCUAGUCUAGACAUACAAGUGAAAAUAUAUGUUCGUAAAUCGUAAUAAUGUUAUCUGUAAAAAGUCUCGUGUAGUAAGUUUUGUGAUAUCGAUCAUAUAUUUAAAAUGUCUCGUGAUAUCGAUCAUAUAUUUGUGACAUCGAUCAUAUAUUUAUGAUAUCAUGUCUGUCCUUGUUUCUACCAUCUUUGA